AUGGCUGCUUAUGUUGCUGUAAUUUCAUUGAUGGGAACAAUUCAACAGCUUCCACUAUCCAGCUUACACCUUAAAGAGGUUCACGAAGAACAUAUGAAACAACUCUACGAGAAGGUUGGCUCUCUGAAAGAGUUUCUUGACAAUUCUGACGACAAGUCACCGAGGGAUUUGCAGAAAAAGGUCAAAGAUAUAGCACAUGAAACAGAAGACGAAGUUGAAUCAUACAUUCAAAGAGAGGCACAUAAGACACAUCUUAAUAUCUUGAAACGAUUGUUCCACCUUCCAAGAAAAGCCCAUAAGAGGCUUCUUAAGAUUUUGCAAUGUGCUAUAGAAGACAUUGAUUCUUUCAAGGAACAGAUCAUCGAUCACGAGAGGAAAGUAGCUGAAAGCGUAGGCUCAUCAGUAACCGUUGAUGAUCAUGAAGCCUUUGCAAGAGCGCUCACUUUGAGAUACAACGAUCUUCCGUCUCAUUUGAAAGCUUGCUUUAUGUAUUUCGGAGUUUUCCCAAAAUCUAGUGAGAUUUCUGUGAAGAAAUUUAUCAGAUUAUGGGUUGCAGAAGGACUCUUAGAGCUAAAAGGGCAUGAUGAAUCAGAGAAUGAGGCUUCUAGUCUUUUACAACAGCUUAUUGAUGGAAGUCUAGUUGUCGUUAGCAAGCGAAGUUUGAACGGAAAAAUCAAGACAUGUAAAACAUACAGAAUGUUUUCUCCUCAAGGUCGCCGAUGGGUGUCAGUUAAUUCGAAAAGAGAUUAUCAUCCUGUUCCUUUCGAUGAUCUUACUCACAGCAGAACGCGUUCCCUUCACUUUUUUGUAAGUGGAACUGAGCCUACGAAUGAAUUGAGACUGUCUAAUUUCAAGCUUCUUAGAGUACUGGACUUGCAGUCAUUGGUACCCAAUGAUUUCCCUACUCCACUAUUAGACCUGGUUUGCUUAAGGUAUGUGGCUUUGACGAUUACAAUCUCUAAAUGUCUACAGAUUUCCAGUCUUUGGAAUUUUCUAACUUCCACUGUUCACGGAAGUGCUCUAGUACAGUCUCCUACCAUAUCUUUUCAAAAUGAAAUUAUAGAAAUGCCUCAAUUGAGGUAUUUCCAUUCUACAAGAUUGUAUUUAUCUUCUCCUAUGAAGGUACCGGUUUUGGACAACUUGCAAAGUUUUUCUAGAUUGAAUCCUUCUUGCUACACAAAGGAAAUAUUUCAGGGGAUUAGGGAAGUGAAAAAGUUGUGA